UUUUGUAGUGGUGAUGAUGAUGAUGUUUGGAAUGAAAAUGAUAGGACCACCAAAAAUAAAUGAAUUUUUUGGAGGACUAUCAUUUUUUUUUAUUUUUUUUUAAUAAUUGUUUUAUUUGAUAGAAUUAUUUUGCUGGCAAUGUUUAUUAGAGAUCAUAAAGGCAGACAAACUAUGGUUUAUAUAUGAAUAUGAUGUUUCAGUGGAGCAUUUUCUUAGCUGAAAGUGAGAUGAUCAUGACAUAUAUGUAGCAAGGAAAAUAGGGAAGAAUAGAAUUUCCGAAUUUGUAAUAAUGUGUUGUGCUUGGGAUUUUUUUUAUAUUUUUUUAUCGAAAAAUUGGUAAAAAUUUAUGUUAGCUAGGUACUCAAUUCCCUCGAACGUGUCAUCGUGUUUGGUAGAAGGUUUUCUUAGUUGGGCGCCUCAGAAUAGCUAGGAAAGCUAUCAUUGUUGUUGGGUUUUUGAAGCAUAAAAGAUGGGUGGGUGUGUUUCAACAACACACUCUAAAGUUGCUCCUCAUAGGAAGAAGUAUACUAGAAGAUCGAGAAAGUGUCGUGGAAAGUUGAGCUCAAACAUGGGAGAGACUCCUAUCAAAAGGAAAUCAUUUAGUGAUACAGGAAGCCGCAUCUCUGUGAGCGAGUUUGUACAGAUUGACAUUGAUAAGGGAGGCACCACUACUUGCAGGAGAUCCGAGGUCUCUAAUAAAUCAUUCCAUCUAACCCAAGUGCAUUGGAACCACGUCGAUGAAAAUGGAAUUUGUCAGGAAGAAGCAUGGUAUGACUCAGUGAGCAUACUAGAUUCUGAAUCUGACGAUGAUUUUAUCAGUGUUUUCGGAGAUGGAAAAAUUCUCAACAUGUCAAACCUGUGGUCAGGUGCACACAUGUUGCGUCCCCAAGCAGGACUUUCAAUUCCAUGUGCUAAUGGUGAUGAAAAGGCACUAUCAGGAGGCUCUUGGUCCGCGAUUUCACCUUCAGUUUUCAGGGUUAGAGGCGAAAAUUACUUUAAAGACAAAAUGAAAAAUGUAGCACCAGGUUACUGUCCUUAUACUCCCAUUGGUGUAGAUUUGUUCGCUUGCUCAGAAAAGAUAAGCCACAUUGCUCAGCACCUUGAGCUUCCCUCAGUUCAAGGGAACAGCAAAUUGCCGCCACUAUUGAUUGUUAAUAUACAGAUGCCUACUUAUGCUCCUUCAAUGUUCCUAGGUGAUAUCGAUGGUGAAGGUAUAAGCCUUGUGCUGUAUUUCAGGCUAUCUGACAAUUUUGACCAAGACGUUCCAUCAGAUUUCAUCGACAGCGUCAAGAAAUUGGUGGAUAAUGAUACUGAGAAGCUUAAAUCAGUGGUUCCUUACCGAGAAAGACUUAAAAUCUUGUCAGGGGUUGUAAAUCCGGAGGAUCUUCAGUUAAGUUCUACUGAAAAGAGACUUCUGAAUGCUUAUAAGGACAAACCAGUUCUGUCACGCCCUCAGCAUGAAUUUUUCAAGGGACCUGACUAUUUUGAAAUCGACAUAGAUGUGCACCGAUUCAGUUAUGUGUCCAGGAAAGCAUUAGAAUCAUUGCGAGAACGAUUGAAAGAAGGAAUUCUUGAUCUUGGUUUGACUAUUCAGGCUCAAAAACCAGAGGAAUUACCAGAAAAGGUGCUGUGCUGCAUGAGACUGAAUAAACUCGAUUUUGUAAAUAGUGGCCAAAUAUCCACACUUAUGACCCUCAAUGAUGAUUAAAUUAAAAUUGAAAACAAGUUUAGUUUGCUGGGAAGCCUUUCAGAGAUCACAAUAUGAAGACAGUUGACACAUUCUUUGUAUAGUUUGUAUCUGUAUACUUCACAGUUCACAGUAAUUUUUUAGUGAGUUAAAGAGAAGGGUAAAAUAUAAUAAAAUGGUAGGAGAAUCUAAUUCUUUUCUAGAAGUCCUUCCUAUAUGAAGUCAUAUCUCUCCUCACUCCCUGUCAUUUAAUCUUUGUUGAACUUCUCUUGAAGUCUAGGCACACCAUCAUUCUUCUGAGAUUUGUUGCUAUCUUGUACAGCAUAAGCACACUGUAAUUUUAGUAUCAUUGCAUACUGAUCAUUCACAAAAGAAAACCUUUUUCGACUACCUUUUGGAAGGGCCUUGUAUUAGGAAAUUGGCAGGACAGUGAAUGACAAUGGCUGGUGUUGCGGCUGUUGUCCUUUUUGUU